GCCACAAAGAAAAAGAGAAAAAAUGUUUAGCCACUCAUCAAAUGUGAGAAGCAAUAAUAAUAAUAAUAACAAUAAUCUUCAAGUAUUCUCAGUGAAAGCAUCAACACUACCAUCAUCAUCAUCUUCAACUACUUCAACCUUAAGCUCCAUGAAACUAAAGAGAAUCAUCCACACCCUAAUAGUCUCCCACAUGUGUAGAAUCAUUCGUGCACUAUCUAAGGUCAAGGAAUUUAUGCUUGACAUUCUCAAUAACCCUACCAAUAAUAUUAUUCACUUUCCCUACACUUCUUCUUCGUCGCAAAAAAAGCGCCGCAAUAAGAUUAUAAUGGGGUCUUUUAGGCUUCAUUAUAAUUGGUGCUCUUCGAAAUCGUCACAUGUUUUGCCGGUUCCUCAACGGGUCUAUGAAGGGUUAUGCUGUGAAGAAUCAUCAACAACUCAGAGUAACAAUGGUGGUGAGGAUUGUCCCGAUUUGCAACUUGCAGGGUAUUUAAGGUGGCUUGAGGAGAAGAAGGUUCAAGAAGGUGAAGAGAAAGAGAAAGAGAAAGAGAAAGAGAUGAAUGAGAUUGAUGUGUUGGCUGAAAUGUUCAUUGCGAAUUGCCAUGAGAAGUUCAGGUUGGAGAAGCAAGAAUCUGAUAGAAGGUUUCAAGAGAUGUUAGCUCGAAGCAUGUGAAUUGAGAAACAAAGAAAGAGAGAUGAAUAAUAAUGUUGUGUUUUUGGAUCCAUGUUUUGCUAAUUAAUUUUCUUGCUUUUGCUAUAUACUUCACUUCACUACUUAAUUACUCACCUUGUUAAUUUCUUUAUUUCCUCUAUCUUCUCACAUUGGAAUUUGGGUUGUUAAUGAUUAAUUGUUAUGAUUUGUGUGGGAAAUAGGGUUAAUUAAUCAUAUGUAUCUGAUCUGCCUUUUUUGUUUGCAACUUUAAUUUUCAAAAGAUGGAAGGGAGGGAGAUCAGAGAAGGGUACAUCACUAAUCAGAGAUGGGAACUUGUGCAAUAUAAUUCUCUUCUCUAUCUAUGUCUUCACAUACCCAUCAUGCUCAUGCCUUUAACUUUUUA